AAUGUUUGCGCCAGCGUUUCGUCACUUCCGUCACUUUCCAUACUUGCUGCGUUAUAAUGCGCAGUGAUCACGCAAAAUGUCACCGAGGACCUUUGUCGUGCGUGUCUUAUUCAGCGCAAGACUCACAAGGGAGUCUCAACGACAUUCUCAGUUUUGCCUCAGUCAAGCAGUCGGUUGGCCCAGCAUUCAGGCAGCGGGGAAGAAACAACGGUUUGACCUGCCGUUGUUAAACGAAGUAGACUUGGAGGAACAGUUCGUCCGUGGCUCCGGACCAGGCGGACAAGCAACUAACAAAACCAGCAACUGUGUGGUAUUAAAACAUAUCCCGACUGGUGUAGUCGUAAAGUGUCACCAGACCAGGUCGGUGGAGCUGAACAGGAAGCGCGCACGAGAGAUCCUGCAGGAGAAACUGGACGUUAUUUACAAAGGGGAAGAUAGCGAGCUGCUAAAACAGAAGGAAGAGUCCAGGAUAAGAAAACAAGUAAAACGAAAGAAAGUAAAUGAAAAUAUAGAAAAAAAGAGACUCUUCAAAAAAAUACUAGCGACUGGCUUAAAGCAAGAAGAGGAGAGUGAAUGAGAUUUCUAAUUACUAAUUGCUAAUCUCUCUUGUGCUUCUAUUCUUCUAUUGCUCUGAUUUUAAAAGUUAGACUUUCAUUUUAUUAAGUUAAAUAUUAUGGUUUCCAGUUCUCACUAUCUCUGUGCCUGUGCUCUUCCUCUUCUUCGCUUCACUUCUAAACAUAAUGGGUGAUUAAGUGUACGAACAAACCUAAAGUGCUGCAUUGAGGUCAGCCAGGAACCAAACAUUACUGCUAAUUUUGGUAGACUUUACAUUUUACUCUUUUAUCCGAAGUGACAUUUGUUACAGAUACAGCUGAGCAGUUGAUGGGUUAAAGACCUUGCUCAAGUGCACAAGAGUGACAGUUUGGCAAUGCUGGGAUUUGAACUCACAACCUUCCAAUCAAUAGUCAGUUGCCCAAUGCAACUUGUCUACAGUAAUGUUAUACAGCAUUCUACGAGUCUUGAUUAAAAAUACAGUACUGAGGCUUGGUUAAAAAUACAAGUAAGUACAAGUGUGUACAGUUUUUUUUUUUUUGUUUGUUUGUUUUUUUAUAAACAGACUACUUUGAUAUUUAAGAAAUAAAACACAACAUACUUGCUGCUAUACAAGAAUGAUGCAUGCUGGAAGUGAUUUAGAUCUAGAUUUAUAGUUUAUAAUUUAUAGGUAGAUUUAAUGUUGUGGAACAUCAGAGAGACAAGUUAAUUCCUGUUCUCACCUAUGUUAUAGCUGCAGUAAAAGCUGCGAUUCCCUCACCAGCCUCUCUCUCUCCCUCUCCCUCUCUCUCAAAAUUUUUUUUUUAUCAUUUUACUGUCAUUUUACUGAGAAGCCAGAAAGUGUAACCUCCUCUGUCCUGAAGACCUUCCUGAGCUGAUAAACUUUGCAAAGCAGCAUGGCUGUUACAAAGCCAUUACAAAGCCCUUACAACUGAGACUCUUUCCACAUUUUUUCUCCUAACAAAAAAAUGUCACCACACCAACAAUUAUAGGUUUUACUUUAAUACAUUUUUUAAAAAUCCAUUUAUUAUUGGUCUUGUAUUAUGUGGAGCAUCCACUGUACAAGUCCCUGUGUAUGAGUUGUAAACAGACACAGUUAUGUAUUAGAAUGAGCACAGUAAUAUUUACUGUGUUCAUGUUCAUGUUAUGGCCGGAGCUACUUUUCAAGCUGUGCUUUUAUACAAAGAAGUAAUAAUUGUUUUCCAUAUUCCAAUAGCUUAGAGGCUAUUGUGUUUCAGCCUUUCCAUAGAAGAUUUCCUCCAAGCACAGGUUGGCCUGAUUUCAUUCUUCAGGAUUCUAUGAUGUCUAACAGCUCAGCAUAUUUAUUCUGAGGCACUUGUGUUCUGCUGGUGUUCUUCUAAAAAAUAAAUAAAUAAAUAAAUAAAUUUUUUAUAUAA